UGUAGAGAGAGAGAGAGAGAGAGAGAGAUUGGGCCAAGAAGGGAAAUCAAAAACCAGAAGAGAUUAGAGAGAGAGAGAGUUGAUGAUAUAAGAGAUCGGAGAAAUGGAUGGAAUGCAAUUAGCUUUGCCUAUUGUUGGAAUUGUAGCAGCCGCAGCUGUAACCUUUUACGCUGUAAGUUUUGCGGAGCUCCGAGAGAAAUCGUUCGGAGAGCUGGACGACUCAGAAUAUGAAGGAAAUGGUGGCUUCAGGCCUUCUCCUAGUUCCAGAGAGAGGCGUGCCAGAAGAAAAGCUUCCAAAGGCAAUGACUCUUAGUUACAACUUCGAGUUCGAAUCUCCUCUCCCUAUUUUGUAAUUAGCUCUUUUAUUAUUAUUUCCAUAAUACCUGCUUGUUAAUAUGAGAACCAGAAAUAAUAUCCACCAACUAGUUGACUAAUUUGAUUUUUUAAUUAUAAUAUAUAUUAUAUGAUGUCUUUAAAAUAUUUAUGUAGAUUAUUACAUUAUAUAUUAAUUUAUAAAUAAGGUAAAUUAGUUGGGAGAAAAAUAAUAAAUAUAACUAGUUUAAAGUAAUUUAGUAACUUUUUUUAAUUUUUUCAAAUUAGUUAACUGAGUCUUAUAUUAAAAACGAAGAUAGUAUAUAAGAUGAUUCUAUGAGGCUCUUUGAUUUUUUUGGUAUAAAGUAUAGUCUUGUUUGAUUUUGAU